AGACCUGGAAGUCUGUUAGUGGACUUUUAUCUGAAGUUUCUUAGCACCAUAUCUAACCCCGUGCAGCUGUUGCUUAAUCUACUUAAAACCGGAUAUAUUGGAAGUAUUCCAGUUGACAAGCUGCCAAAGAGACUAUACAACGGGACAGGUACGUAGAUAGGGGCGUCUGUGUACCUUGUACUAGCGCAUAGGUUUAGACUAAAGUCGCGUUGAAUAGAGGCUACAAAAGUGAAUAUAGUACCGCAUGCAUAGCAAUUAGAUCAGUCCUGUAGUCCUUUGCAGACGCCUAAAAUCGCCUCAACAAGGGCGUAGCUAGAAAUUUUCCAGAGGUACGCACAAUUUCCCAAGUCAACCCAAUCCCGUCUCCUUAUUCAUUUUAACGAGGGUGACUUGAUAACAUUGCCCCUUGUUAUCGGUAUUAUGACCACACAGUGUUUUUCAGGCAGCGGUAUUUACGGCUUUUCGCAUGUGACGAAAGCUGCAAAACGCCUUAUUUCCCUUGAAAUUAUAUCUGAAGGAGGUUAAAGGGAACUUAUAUAUUAGGUAAAUGCGUGCCUCUUUUCAACUGUCCCUUAUACCGUCUUUCCUCUCUCUUGGUUUUUCUAUUUUAUGAAAGAAGCUCUAUUCGGUAUGUCUUUCCUGCCGACAAAAGCUAUACUUUAUAAUUUGAACGAAUAAGGAAUGAAAAACAGAUGGCAUGACUAGGAUGAGAGGAGAAAAAGAGUAAAACAAGCCAGCGCCUUUAGUAUUUAAAUUUACGGGGAAAUGUCAAAAUGAGAGUGGACAAGCAUGGGCGGCACACGGCGGCCAUAUUGUCCCAGGAGACUGAAACCACCCUCUACCUCGUAGUGAAAAAUUGGGAGCGAGGCUAGACAGGUAAUACAAAGCUGCUUUAGUCUCUCGGGACAAAAUAUUUGCCUUGUGAGAAAGGCCCAUGGCGUCAUACUCAGUUCAAGUUCAUAGCCCUGAAAUAAAAUUGAAGCUUAUCAGGUCGUUAUUUCUAGGUCGUAUAUGAGAGGGCUCAAAAAAUCCUUUAGCGUUAUCACAUUAACUAUCUUGACUGGAAGUUGCUUCAAUCUCAUAUUUUUUUCUUCUGUUUUAGGAGUCACGUUUCCUUCAGGUUUUUCUGGCUGCAAGCCUGUAGGCUGUCCAAACCCCUGUGUUCCUCCUACAUGCAGUACAGUGUGUUCAACUGGAAUUCAAUGCUCCAAUCCUGUUACCAGCUUACCAUUUGUUUCGACUCCAGUAGUUGCUCCCACAGUACCAGUAAUUCCUAUGUCAUACCCUGAACCGCCAAUAUAUUUUCCAGCUCCAUACCCUGCUACUCAACCCAUGCCUGUUCCUGCCCCCUGCCCCGUGCAGUGCGUACAACAUACGCCACAGUUCUGCCCCGCCUACUGUCCCAGGAGAUGCUGUCGAGCGGGUGUACCAUUGACAAGGGCAGGCAAGAGAAGCGGAAUUAAGAGACCU